UUUUUUUUAAUGCAAUUGUGCAAUGAUGCUCAGAUUAUGUAUUAAUAUUUCAUCGUAAAGUUAUAAACUGUUCUAUAUUUAACAAGAAAGCAGGUAUCACUGAACCUUCAAUAAUGAUUUUCUUACCGAGGCAAAAAGGAAUAGAGUAAAGAAACUGAAAUAUAAAUUUUCAACUAAACAAAAUAGUACAAAUUUCGCGCUUUAGAAACGAACAUGUUAUUCACUACGUUAAACAAAAGUGUAAAUAAGAGAGCUGCAAUUAACACUGCAAAGAAAAAUGGAACGAAGUUGGAAAUUCAGGAAAGAACAAUCUUUUAUAUCUGUUCGCUGACGCUUCGAUCAGGCAGCAUACGCAUUACAGGAAAUGGUUGCAGCAACAUUAACCAAAUUGUACGUGGUAUUAUCGGAGAAUAACGUCAGUUGAAAAUGGGUAGCCAUUUUGAUUUUCGGUGCGCGAAUACCGCGGACCAUCAUGGAAGAGUACUCGUUGGGCGAUAGGGUGGACAACCGUGGACGUCCAACUAUGUCCAUGAUUUUUUUCCCAGUUGAUUAACCUCCCCCCCUCUUCCCUCUUGUGAGUCAAAGUGUCACGUACGGCGGAUAUGCCAGGUGCGGAAUAGAGACUGCAAAAAUGAGUGAGGGCGCACAACUCGCGCCCUAGGAGGCGAGGCGUUUUUUUCCUCGCCGUAUUUGUCAUACGACGUUGCGUUGUGUAAAAGGAAGAAAACAACGUGCGUACUGUACUCACCUAUACUUCAUUUAUUAUUGCUGAAGUUUGUCACAUAUAUUUGAGAACAUCAUUGAGAAUCAUGAAUGCUUCGGAACACGGUCUCAACAGUUAGAAUGCCUGCUCCGACUCGAUUGAGGGAUCUCAUCAGACAAAUAAGAGCUGCUAGAACCGCGGCAGAAGAAAGGACAGUUGUUAAUAAAGAAUGUGCUUAUAUCCGUUCGACGUUCAGAGAAGAAGAUAGCGUAUGGAGAUGUCGCAACAUUGCAAAACUUUUAUACAUUCAUAUGCUUGGGUACCCAGCUCAUUUUGGUCAACUAGAAUGUUUAAAACUUAUUGCGUCCCCAAGGUUCACAGACAAACGAAUUGGUUAUUUAGGCGCAAUGUUACUACUAGACGAACGUCAGGAUGUUCAUCUUUUAAUUACGAAUUGUUUAAAAAACGAUUUAAAUAGCUCCACACAAUUUGUCAUUGGUUUGGCAUUAUGUACUUUGGGUGCAAUCGCAUCACCAGAAAUGGCAAGAGACUUGGCAUCCGAAGUUGAAAGGCUAAUGAAAUCGGCAAAUGCAUAUAUUCGGAAAAAAGCAGCACUUUGUGCAUUUAGAAUUAUCAGACGUGUACCAGAAUUGAUGGAAAUGUUUCUACCUGCUACUCGUAGUUUAAUUACAGAGAAGAAUCACGGCGUAUUAAUCACAGGUGUUACACUUAUUACAGAAAUGUGUGAAAACAGUGUCGAUACAUUGAAUCAUUUUAAAAAGAUUGUGCCAAAUCUCGUGAGGAUUUUAAAAAAUUUGAUACUAGCAGGAUAUUCUCCGGAACACGAUGUAUCCGGAGUAUCUGAUCCAUUUCUUCAAGUAAAAAUAUUACGUCUGCUCCGAAUUUUGGGACGCAACGAUAUCGAUGCAUCCGAAGCGAUGAACGAUAUACUUGCACAAGUUGCAACUAAUACAGAAACUAGUAAAAAUGUUGGAAACACGAUAUUAUAUGAAACUGUAUUGUCUAUUAUGGAUAUAAAGUCUGAAAGUGGACUCAGAGUAUUAGCAGUGAAUAUAUUAGGUCGAUUUUUAUUAAAUAACGAUAAGAAUAUUCGAUACGUUGCUUUGAAUACAUUAUUAAAAACAGUUUAUGUAGAUACAAGUGCGGUACAAAGACAUCGUUCAACAAUUUUGGAGUGUCUAAAAGAUCCGGAUGUAUCAAUUAGAAGACGAGCUAUGGAACUUAGUUUUGCACUUGUAAAUUCGAACAAUAUUAGAAAUAUGAUGAAGGAGUUAUUACUUUUCUUGGAACGUGCUGACCCAGAAUUUAAAGCUCAAUGUAGUAGUAAUAUAGUAAUGUCUGCCGAAAGAUUUGCACCGAAUAAGCGCUGGCAUCUUGAAACGUUAUUCAAAGUUCUCGUUGCUGCUGGUAAUUACGUUCGAGAUGACGUAGUAGCAUGUACCAUUCAGUUAAUUUCAGAAACGCAGUCACAGCAAAAUUAUGCUGUCAGCGCCUUGUGGAGAGCAUUGGAAAAAGAUACGUCUGACAAACAACCGUUAGCUCAAGUAGCAACUUGGUGCAUCGGUGAAUAUGGCGACCUAUUAUUAUACGGGCCAUCGUCAGAAGAUACAGAUACUCCUGUCAAUCUGACGGAAGAUGAAAUUAUCGAUGUCUAUCAAAGGUUACUCUGGAAUCCACAAAACACCGUCGUCACGAAACAAUAUACUUUAUUGUCUCUCACAAAACUCAGCACAAGAUUUCAGAAGGGCAACGAAAAAAUUCGUCAAAUAAUCGAUACAUUUGGAAGUAACUUACACAUAGAAUUACAGCAACGAGGUAUUGAAUUUUCACAGUUGUUCAGAAAAUACGAUCAUUUACGACCUGCAUUACUCGAAAGAAUGCCUCCUAUGGAAACUGCAAGACCACAAGCCAAUGGAAUUAUCGGUAUGGUAAAUGGCGAACCAGAAUCAGAAGAAGACAAAUCUUCAGUUUUAGAAGCAAGUACUCCGCCAUCCGAUUCAAGUGCACUUCUAGACUUGCUUGGAACUACCGACUUGGGAAUAACACCUUCGGCAUCGAAUAAAAAUUCAUCUGCUAAUUCAACAAACGUAGUAAAUAAUAACGAUCUCUUGGACCUACUUGGUAGUUUGGAUUUAAAUGUAUCUACAUCUACGUCUGCACUGCCACAGGCACAAACGCCAUCACAAAUAUUUAGUCCUACCAACGCAACAAACUUCUUAGUAGAUGGUUUACUUAAUUCAUCGUCAAUCCAAAAUGAUACACUUUCUAUGGUUGUAUUGGACAAAGCAGGACUUAAAAUAACCUUCAGAUUGGAAAGACCGCCAGACAUUGCUGAUUUAUUAAUUAUAAAUAUGUCAGCUCAGAAUUCUGGAAGUGCUAUAUUGACUGAUUUUCUGUUCCAAGCAGCAGUUCCUAAGGUACCUCUAAGAAUGAGAUUACGUAUAUCUUACACUGGACCAACAGGACCAGUUUUGGAACAAACGGAAGUAAAUAAUUUUCCUCCCCUAACAUUACAGUGACAAGAUAUAUUAAGGAAGACAAUUGUACAUAUGCCUAUCUAAACAAGUAAUCGAGUCUUAAAUAGACCGAAACCCAAUUUCAUCUUUUCAUCGGCUAAAAUGAAAAUAUAUUUGUAAAAUGACACGUUCGAUAAAAAAACGUCGUAUCCAUUUGUUAAUUUGAUAAUUUGUAAAAGUGAUCGUCGAAUCUGAUAAGAUUUAAAUUUACGAUGAAUUACGUUUUUUUCUUUACUAAAUAUCUGCAAAAUUUUCAUCUGCUCGCAAGACACGUUUCAUACUUGGAGAAUAGCGAAAUACGUAAUUUCUUAUAAAUAUAAUUUUUGUAAAUACACUCGUACACGAUUGUUUUUAAAUUUUGACUUUACACGGUUUCACUUUAUGUGACAAAGCAUCUUCCAAAUCUUUAAAAUUUACGCAACAAACAAUUACUUUUACUAUUUUUAAAAUAAGUUUUGUCAAUAAAUUGUUCAAUCGCAUCAUAAAAUUAUUGAAAUUUUAUAAUUCAUUCAAAUCGGUACUUGUCGAGCAGAUGGUACAAUAUUCAUUUUAGUCUUUCAAAAAUAGUAAAAUUUAUUAUUACAAUGAAAUUAUCAAAUAUCGAAAAAAAGAAAGAAAGGAAUGUAAAAUUUCUCUCGUAUUAUGCUGCAUGUAUCGUGAGAUGUGUAAAUAUUUUCUCCAAUUAAAUAACAGACAAAUAGAAUAAUGUUACAUGCAACACUGUUAUUCGAUCUGUUGAAUUUACAAUCUUAUAGCUUCUGAUUUAGCGUAUAAUUUCUCGUAUAGGAUAAUUAAAACAAAAAAAGCAUGUGAAAAAAAUACACGAGAAAAAUUAUCGAAAUUGCUCGAUAAUGCUGGUGAAAAGUGUUUGUCGUAAAAAAAUGUUGCUGCCUGAUCAUCAACGACAAACACAAAUCUUGCUGUAACAAUUGAUCUUUUCUACUAUAUUUGUAAGUAAAUGGACACAAUUGCCUUGUAAAUAAUCGAAUAAUUGAAAUGAAUUAAAAUAGAAAUGAUUAAAUUCUUAUUACGAGGAAUGUAAAACGGGGUUCUUUAUUACGUUUACGAUGCAAUUAUCACGUCAAUAAUUAGUGAAACAACAUUACUUCUUUCAUGAAAACUUUUUUUAGGUGAGAAAGAGAUUACACAUAAAUACAUAUACAUGUAGCGUGUACGUUUGCUAUACCCCAUAUUCUGCUAUGGGUGAUGUUUAUACCGUUUUGAAUAUAUUUGGAGUAUAUAUGACAUCAUUGGAGGGCUGAAUUCUGGUUGUCAAAUUAUCUUACAUGUACUUGUUCAUUUACCAGAUCAUUUAAAAUUAUUAACAAAUUUUCCCCACUUCAUGACAAAAUUAAAUUCACAUACAAGUUUGAAACUAAAAAAACAAUAUUGUUCUUUACAUUUUUAUGAAUUUAUUUGAAAAUUGAAUAUUAGAAUUACAUUUUCCGAAGAUGUUAAAAACGAUUAUAGCAAUUUUGUAUCGUUAAAAAAUAUUUUUAGUUAAAUAAUAUUUAUUUAAACAGUCAAGCACAAAAGAUAUUCAAAUAUCUAAAGAAAAAAUUUAACGUAUUAUUAAUAAUUUUUGCUUGGUAACGUAUAAUUUCAAAGAAAAACGUACGUUUCAUGUUUUGUGAAAUCACAAAAAAUAGAAUGGAAAUAACAACAUAAAGAAAUAUUUUUACAUUCCUUUUUAUUGCAAGACUUGGUUAAAAAAAUAUGUAAAAAUAUGUAAAAAAAUUUAAGAUUCAAUUCAAAAAAGUUAAAAAUUUCAAUUCUUAAUCUCUUAAUUCAAUGAAUUUGAAAAUUUGUACGAAUCGAACGAAUUUGAAACAAAAAUUCAUAUCUUUUUAUACAUGUUAUUCCUAUAUAAAGUAAAUAUUUGAAUACGAAUAAUGCGAAGCAGAACACAAUACAUUGCGUAAAAUAAUGUUAAAAAGCAAUAGUAAAUCUUACUUAACAAGUAUUCACCUUUUUCAAGAUUUUAUGUAAAUGAAGCUAUGCAAUUGUACUUAAUUGUAUUUAUUUUAUGCUAAUGGAAUUGUACGAAUAUGUCGAGUUUUAAGCGCAAUUAAUUUUGUAACGUUAAAUUAAUAUUGUAAAAUGUCUAAUACUUUCGACUAAGUUAACAAAUGUUCUUACACUAUUUUUUUUUCUAAAUUUCUUUUAAAGUAUAAUUAUCAUAACAUAUUAGUAAAAAAUGUAUCAUCGGUAUAACUGUAUGCAUUUUAGCUCCGUCCCUUAUAUGUUGCGCGCUAUGAAUGCGAUGUAUAAUUCUAGAACAGGUGGGUGCGUUUCUGAGUGGCCUUGUCCUAAAGUCUGUGACACAGUGUCAGCCCUUCAAUGGGUGUACCCUGCCUACUUGUUCUCAAUAUUAGUUUUAUAAAUAUAAAUAUAAAUAUAAA